AUGGGCUCGAAUCAAGACGGCAAUGAUGGCAAGUUCAUCCUCACGAGGGAGCUUCUCGACGAGGCUCUUCCCAAGUUCGCCAUUGCCACCAAGGCAGUCCAUGCCGACGAUUUCUCUAGCACCCACAAGGCUAUUGCCCCGUGCAUGCACACUGCGGUUAACUUCCGGUAUCAUCGCGAUCCAGAUACUCUGAAGCCGCAUGAAAAUACUGAUCCCGCCAACCCCCAAGAUUCCCAUAUUUAUGCCAGAUACACAGCGCCUAACACGACCCGCUUCGAGAAAGUUCUCCGGGAGAUCUUUGGUGGCCGAGUGAUUUCAUACUCGUGCGGGUUGGCCGCCUUCCACGGCAUCAUGUGUCUUCUCAGGCCGAAGCGUAUCUUUAUUACCGAGGGUUAUCACGGCGUCCAUCGGGGCAUCCGACUAAUGGAGCGCCUGAUCGGCGUCCAGAAGCUCACCCUCGAAGACCUGGAUCAGCUGGAGGCCGGCGACAUUGUCCACGUCGAGACGCCGCUGAACCCUACCGGCACAGCGCGCAAUCUCGAGUACUACGCCGACAAGGCACAUGCCAAGGGCGCCUAUCUGGUGGUCGACUCGACCUUCGCGCCGCCGCCGCUCCAAAACCCUCUAAACCAAGGUGCGGAUCUGGUCAUGCAUAGCGGAACGAAGUAUAUCGGCGGCCAUUCCGAUAUGCUCUGCGGUCUCCUCGUGGUCCCGCAGCAUCGGGUGGACGAGGGCUGGGACGGGACGCUGAUCGAAGACCGCCGUACCUACGGGUCCAUCAUGGGUAAUAUGGAGAGCUGGCUGGGACUGCGGUCGCUGCGCACCCUCGAUCUGCGGGUCGGUAAGCAGUCUGCCACGGCCACGGAGCUCGUCAGCUGGCUCAGCACCGAGCUACAAAAGCCGGACUCUGUCAUUGCCAGAACCAUUGAGAAGGUGGAGCACGCGUCGAUCCAGCAUGAUGCUCUCAAGCAGGGCUGGUUGCAGAAGCAGAUGCCAGGCGGUUACGGACCCGUCUUUUCUCUCUGGACCAAGAAGGCCGAGAUCGCUCAGAGACUUCCCAGUAGGCUGUACGUUUUCCAACACGCGACCAGCCUCGGGGGGGUCGAGAGCUUGAUGGAGUGGCGGGCCAUGAGCGAUGAGGGACGGGAUCCCCGAGUUCUGCGCGUGAGUUGUGGGGUGGAGGAUGUGAACGAUAUGAAGACGGAUAUUCAACAGGCGUUGGAAUCGAUGAUUCGAGAUUUUCCGUAG